AUGUCGUUUGAUUGGCUUAAUGUUCCGGGAUUGGACUUAAGCAGCGGGGACCAAGCAGAAAAGAGGCCAUCGAAUGGAUUAGGACCACCCAGUGUGUCUUUUGAUUUUGGUAUAAAUACUGCUGCUCCACAUGAUUCCAGCUUUUGGGAUCAGGGAUCAAGAAGUCACAGUGAUACAACUUUGUCUUACAGAAAUAAUCACUCAAAUACAGCAGCUGAUAAUGCCACUAACGUGAGCUCUCCUCAAAAGGAUAAUCCACCUAAUGGGGAGGUACGAACACUUUCUGGAGGCGAUGUGUACGCGGAGUCACCAGAAGACAUGCAAGUCCCAUUGUCUUUAUCACAAAACCAACUUACCCAUGAAGAAAUAAGGACAUAUCUAAGAUGGUACCACUAUAUAUGUUUGAGAACCCAUGGAAAACUAGUAAGAUUGAACGACGUGUUUAGGUUCUUGACCAAUUUUAAUUUAUCACAAAAAGUAAAAGAUAGAAUUGUGGAAAUUUUCCGUAGCUGUAAAAAUGCGUUAAAUAUUGGUCAAUUUUUCGCUGUUUUAAGAUUAGUUUCUAGAGCUAUUAUAUAUGGCAUCUUACCUCUAAGACGCAUGAUCUUGGAAAAGGCACCUGUUCCCAAACCACGUCCUAUCCUAAGUAGUGAGAAUCACGAAGAGGUGUACGAGGAGGUGGAAGACGAUGAUAGUUCUGCCAAAACUGGUGAUCAAAAGGUCGAUUUUGACUCAUUUGCUUCAUUGCUGUUGACUGGUAAGACAACGAGAAAAAGAGUCAGGAGAAGAAUCAAAAAUUUGAAUUUUAAGAGUAAGAAGGUUAGGUUUUCAGAGCAUAUAACAUUUCAAGACCCUCCAAACCUCAAUCAAGAAUCAUCUAAUAAUAGUGAAGCAAGAAAGCAAGAUCCUGAUGCAGAAGAUGAAGAUCAGGAUUCUAAUAAUGACAGUCCUUUGGAUUUCACAUUGCCCAUGGAUCAAUUAUUAAAGAGGCUAUAUAAGCGGAGAAAAAACAGCGGAUUAGUUUCGAGUUUGCCCAGCGAACAACAAGAAACUGAGGAGGAGAAGAAAGUUUUGGAGGAUAUGAAGGAUUCCUUGUCCCAUUUCAAACAAAUACAGACUGUUGAUUCUGCCUCAUUGCCAAUUUCAUCGGUAUUUUUACAGAAUGGCAAUACUCUACCAACUAGCAAUGUGAAUAACACCACUGUUCCACAGCAACUUCCGUUAGAACCUUUGAAGCCAACCGCCACAGGUUCAGCUAAUCACCUGGUGCGAGAAGAAUAUAAUCAGGGGUUGCAUCCAAGCAACGGUGCCAUCCAAACAGGUUUACAACCUUUAAAACCAACAGCAACGGGCUCUGCAAAUUAUUUGAUGCGAAGUCAUAUGGAACAACCUCAGUCUAUCAAACCUUCGAGUACACCAGAAACAGUUACAAACUCUGGGGGACUUCAACCUUUGAAACCUACCGCCACAGGUUCUGCAAAUUACUUGAUGAAACAGCAUAUCUCACCUUCAGUUAAUAACCCAGUAUCUUCGAUGUUUCAGGCGCAAUUUACGAACCAAUCUUCAUCUCCACAAAGUACAGGACCAGCAUUUCUGAAUUCUCCGAACAUUACUCUUCCUCAAAGCAAUCAACAGCAACCUUACCAAGAGGUUAAUCCGACUCAAGCGAAAAUUGAACCAUCUAACAUAUCGCCUCAACACACCUACUCUAACAAUGUUCGGAUUAAUAAUGGUAACAUCGUAUCCAUGCCGAAAGUAGAAAUAACUGGUGCAUUCCCCCCUCAAAACACUCUUCCUCAACAUCAGCAAUCGCAUUUGCUUUCUCCUCAAAAUACGAUCCCGCAGCACCAACGGUCGCAAUUGAUAUCUCCACAAAAUACCUUCACUCAAAAUCAGCCCAUUCUUUCUCCGCAACAUACUUAUUCCAAUAAUCAAGCAACAAUGAUAUCCCCCCAGAAUACGUAUACUAAUAAUCAACAGCAGCCCCAACAUCUUCCACCUCCUCCACCUCCACGCGCUCAGCAGCAGCAACAAGGGGCCAUUGUGCCACCUCAACAUAUGUACUCUAACGUGCAAAAGCAGAAUAAUUUGGUGCCGACCCAACCCUCCUAUACAAAUUCACCAAGCAUACAAUCUCCAAAUUUUUUGUCACCUCAGAAUGCUGCUAAUAGUUACUUUCAAUCUUUACUUUCUUCUUCACCAUCUCCAAAUCCUACGCCAUCAAAUGCGUCUACUGUUAAUGGCAAUAACGCCAGUAAUGGCAUAAGUUCAUUCCAAAAUACUAGUGCGGCAAUGAACAAUACUCAAUCUCAUCAGACGUAUAUUCAGCAGCAACAACAACAACAAACUCAACAACGAAUAUAUGGUGGCCAACUUUCUCAAAUGCAACAACAUCCGGGGCAACUUCACUUAAACAACAGUGAUAUACAUAGCCAACCUAACAAGCCUAAUUACGGAAUGCUAGGGCAGCAAGUUCAUCAACAGCAACAGCAACAGCAGCAGCAAUUUCCAUUCACUGCAGAUGUUAAUAGAUCCAAUUCAAGCGAUAUUUUGGGUAACUUGCAGUCAUUGCAGCAGCAAGUCGAUGCUUUACAAAUCCAAUAUAAUAGGAGACCAUAG